ACUGUCAAACCAACUGACGUGGAAUAUUGCUCAGUUAUUCUCUUCAGUUUUGGUUGGUUUGUCGCUUGUUCACAACAGAGAUUUAUUUUCUCGAAACAAAAAAAAACUAAAUAAAAUUGAUAAAAUUAUUGACCCAACGAUUAUUUGUGGUUAGACCAACAUGACCACGUACGAAGAGUAUAUUCAGCAGAAUGAAGAUCGUGAUGGUAUCCGUUUGACGUGGAAUGUUUGGCCAUCGAGUCGAAUCGAUAGUAGCCGAUUAGUGGUACCACUCGGAUGUUUGUAUCAACCAUUAAAGGAGCGUACAGAUUUGCCAGCAAUUCAAUAUGAACCGGUUUUGUGUACACGUAGCAAUUGCAGAGCUAUUUUGAAUCCAUUAUGUCAAGUGGAUUAUCGUGCAAAGUUAUGGGUUUGCAAUUUUUGCUUUCAACGAAAUCCGUUUCCACCACAAUACAGUGCAAUAACUGAGCAACACCAACCAGCCGAAUUAAUUCCGAACUUUAGUACAAUUGAGUAUACGAUUACACGGGCGCCAUGUCUACCACCAGUAUUUUUAUUGGUUGUCGACACGUGCAUGGAUGAUGAAGAAUUGGCUGCAUUAAAAGACUCAUUACAAAUGUCACUCAGUCUAUUGCCACCAAAUGCUCUAAUCGGUUUAAUAACAUUCGGAAAAAUGGUGCAAGUUCAUGAAUUAAAUUCAGAUGGUUGUUCCAAAAGUUAUGUUUUCCGUGGCACAAAAGACUUUUCUGCAAAACAAGUUCAAGAGAUGCUCGGUAUCGGGCGUGUUGCUGGUGGAGUGAAUACACAACAGCCAAAGGGUGCACCAAUUCCGCCUGCCAAUCGCUUUUUACAAACAGUACAUAAAUGUGACAUGGCACUAACGGAUCUAUUGAGUGAAUUGCAACGAGACCCGUGGCCAGUACCGCAAGGAAAACGUGCUUUACGUUCAACUGGUGCUGCAAUCUCCAUCGCAGUUGGAUUAUUGGAAUGUACAUAUCCAAACACUGGAGGGCGUAUCAUGUGCUUUGUUGGUGGUCCUUGCAGCCAAGGUCCCGGUCAAGUUUUGGAUGAUGAGCUAAAACAUCCAAUUCGGUCCCAUCAUGAUAUACACAAAGAUAAUGCAAAAUAUUUAAAGAAAGCCACGAAACACUACGAUGCCCUGGCUAUGCGGACAGCAACAAAUGGGCAUGUUUUGGACAUUUACUCAUGUGCCCUUGAUCAAACUGGUCUUCUGGAGAUGAAACAAUUAUGCAACUCUACUGGUGGUCAUAUGGUUAUGGGUGAUUCUUUCAAUUCAUCAUUGUUCAAGCAAACAUUCCAGCGUGUAUUUGCGCGUGACUCGAAAAAUGAUUUAAAAAUGGCAUUUAAUGCGACAAUUGAAGUGAAAUGUUCAAGAGAAUUGAAAAUUGAGGGUGGUAUUGGUUCAUGUGUUUCAUUAAAUGUAAAAAAUGCCUCUGUAUCGGAUAAUGAAAUCGGCUUGGGAAACACUGUUCAAUGGAAAUCAUGUGGCUUAAAUGCAAACACAACAUUUGCAUUUUUCUUCGAGGUGGCAAAUCAACACGCGGCACCAAUUCCGCAAGGCGGUCGAGGUUGUUUACAAUUCAUUACACAGUAUCAGCAUUCUAGUGGUCAACGUCGUGUUCGUGUUACAACAUUGGCAAGAAAUUGGGCCGAUGCAUCGACAAACCUACCGCAUAUAAGUGCUGGUUUUGAUCAAGAAGCUGCUGCAGUUUUAAUGUCUCGCAUGGUUGUUUAUCGAGCUGAAACUGAUGAUGGCCCCGAUGUGUUACGCUGGGUUGAUCGAAUGCUCAUUCGUUUAUGUCAAAAAUUCGGUGAAUAUGUUAAAGACGAUCCAAAUAGUUUUCGACUGGCUGAAAACUUUAGUUUGUAUCCGCAAUUUAUGUAUCACUUGCGUCGAUCGCAAUUCUUGCAAGUCUUCAACAAUUCACCAGAUGAAACAUCAUUUUAUAGACAUAUGUUAAUGCGUGAGGAUCUCACACAGUCACUUAUUAUGAUUCAACCAAUUCUGUACUCGUAUUCAUUCAACGGGCCACCUGAACCGGUCUUACUGGAUACAUCGUCAAUUCAGCCAGAUCGAAUUCUGUUAAUGGACACCUUUUUCCAAAUUCUUAUUUUCCAUGGUGAAACAAUAGCACAAUGGAGAGCCCUCAAAUACCAAGAUAUGCCAGAAUAUGCAAACUUCAAACAGCUGCUUCAAGCACCGGUUGAUGAUGCUCAAGAAAUUCUACAAACUCGCUUCCCCAUGCCACGAUAUAUAGAUACUGAAGCGGGAGGUUCUCAAGCACGAUUUUUACUAUCAAAAGUUAAUCCAUCACAGACACACAAUAAUAUGUAUGCUUAUGGUCAGCCAAUGAUCGGUUCCCCAGCUACGGAUGGAGGCGCUCCGGUACUCACUGAUGAUGUCUCGCUUCAAGUAUUUAUGGAGCAUUUGAAAAAAUUAGCUGUAUCAUCAAACACAUAAUGCUUGAUCGACUAGAAGUUUAAUGCACCAUGCAAAUGUCAUAUUUUAAUUCAAACUAUAUUCUAUAAAGAUUUUCUGUUUCAAAUCAAAAUAUCCCUUAUUUGUAAUUCAUUGAUUAAUAAAACAUUAGAAAUUUGAAGAA